AUGUAUAGAUGGUACCAAAAUGCAACAAUAUGCUAUGCAUUCCUCAACGAUGUCGAUGACAGCUAUGACGAGGACCCUGAACUGGUCUUGGAAGCUACUGGAGAACAGCGCACGGCUGCCAGAAUUCGAAACACGAUACGAUCAGUUCGACAUAGUCGAUGGUUCACGAGAGGGUGGACAUUGCAAGAGCUGAUUGCACCUGCAAACGUCACCUUUUAUUCCCGAAACUGGAAUGUCCUCGGCACCAAACUAAGGGAUGUCCCCUUAAACGAGCCUUCGGCCUAUCAUGAGCCUCUAGAUUUUGCAACAAUUGUCAGCCAGAUUACGGGGGUUGACCUUGAUGUUCUCUCAGGCCAUCUGGAUUUGGACAGCAUCAGCGUUGCCGGCAAGAUGAAGUGGGCAGCUAAACGACGCACGACUCGAACAGAAUACAUGGCAUAUUGUCUGAUGGGUCUGUUCAAUGUCAAUAUGCCCUUGCUUUAUGGUGAGGGUGGCCGUGCUUUCAUGCGGUUACAAGAGGAGAUCAUCAAAGUAACCAAUGACCAGUCAAUUUUCUGUUGGGAAUGUGAUGAGGCCGAUGUCCUUCAAAAUCAUCUCUCAGGCCUGUUGGCAUCUAAGCCGGUUCACUUUGCCAGUUUUGGGGACAUUAGGCCUCUGCCCUUUGAUGCUUCUCGCCCAAGUUCCCCCUCGACAAUGACAAACGCGGGCCUCCACGUGGAGUUCUAUCUCGAACGAGCUACAGAAUCGACAUGCCACAAUUCACAUCACGAAUUCAACGCCAUCCUGGAUUGUUAUCCUCGCAAACACAUUAAGCAAGAUGGAACAACUUCCUCUCGGAACCCAGCCAUGCGCCUGAUAGCUCUCGGUGGUGACCAGUUUGCACGGCUGUUCCCUUCAAAAGUUGUCUGGGUAUCUGCAGACCACUGGCAGACGGAUGGAGGGGAGAAUCAAUACAUCUACGUAAAACAGUCUCCGGUCAUUAGAGUUCCCGACAUUGUCGUUUCUGAGGACCCGUCCGACCGCUGCCGACUAAUUGAUGUCUGGCCCCCAUCGCGCUGGAUCGCAGCUACUUGGACUCUGGGCCUCGCGACUUCAAGCCGAAACGACACCACGAUUCGAGAUACUGCCCUGGCCAAGUUUAAGUAUCGGGUCAAGACCACCACUGCUGAACAUGACAAUGAGCCUUUGAUGAUAGAGGUGAGGGUGGGUAUUUGCUCAAAGCUGCAGCUGGGUUCGUCUAUUUCGUGGGACUGUUGGUGUCAUUUCCGGAACUUAUCCAACAAACUAAACACUCACGAAUCCGACCCCCCUAUCGAGGCGGUUGACCGGCAGCUGACCCGUGGGUUCGCUCAAUACAUCCAAGAGGGCGUGCAGGCGGUAGUUGAGACUGUCCACACACGAAACCGCUCCUACUUCUCCUUGACUGUCUCCAAUGUCUAUGAAAUGGACAGCGUUACGAGUUUACGUUCUAUUCUUGAAGUCCAGGGCACCGAAAUCGGCGCCACUGGAACCACAAAUUCAGUAUCGGCAGCAUUAUUAGUCGAUGUAGCCUCAAAAAGCACGGUGCAAGACACGUGGCAAUGGAUUCUUGGAAUUAAUAGCCCUGGGUUCAACACGGGAACGGCAGCCGCUUUAUCACACCCUCCGCCAAUUCGAACACGUUCUUGUCCGCAAUCCAAAGCCAACCCAGAACCUCUUGAGCAAAGCCCCGUCUACGAAACAUUUUCUGAAGUCCUUGCUACAGCAAUCAAAACGGGUGUCAUGAUUGAAGCCUCUGCUGUUAUCAACCCGUUUGAAAGCUAUUUCACCACAUUGUUGAUCCAGGCUUGCAUUAAAAAUGAAGACCAAGCAGCGAGGCAGCUGCUUACCAGUCCGCUGAGCAGUGUGCUAGUCGACAUCAAGACCUCCAUACAAACACGAGAUCAAAGUGAGCUGGAACCAUGGCAUGAAAUCUUCCGGGACUUUAGAGUCAUCCACUGGGCCUCAGCACUUGGACAUCUCGCUAUUGUCAAGUUGCUCACUGCACAUGGGGCGGAUCCUAGCAGUACUACAGGGCUUGGACUGUCAGCCGUUCAUUUAGCAGCACUUACUUCCCAUUCCCUAAUCGUGGAGCACCUUCUCGACGUUCUCGAAGACAAACGACCCGAGUGGUUCGAGAAUGAACAGUUUGGGCAAGCAGAGUCGCCGGCCCAUCUGAUCGCUGCCUAUAUCAGGGGAUCUGAAACCGCGAGGAUCCUGAAUCGGCUUUUACCCGAUCUAAAGCUAGCGGGAAAGCCCAAAAACGACCGUCUAGGAGACAUGGGUCUGCCCGAGUUGGAGAUACUCAGCCUGUCCCCAAUAGCUGCCAGCCUUGAGGAGAUGGAUGCCGAGGAGCUUCAUCGUGUUAUGCCAAACCAGCUUACACUGCCAAUCAAUACGUUUCAUGAGACCGCACUCCACCGCGCUGCCGCAAUGGACAAUAUUCACGCAGUGAAAGCCUUCUUAGACAACUCUGAAUAUUUUCCCCGACCAUCGGCUUACCAAGAUUGUGUUGGCAGAACUCCAUUGUGGCACGCUGCCGCUGCCGGGGCUUUGAAGGCAGUCGAGGAAUUUCUUCAACACAAAGACGGAGUCCCCAUCGAUGAACCUGAUACGCUUGGAAGAACACCAUUACACGCAGCCUGUCGCGGCGGCCAUGUCGAGGUCGUUGACGUACUUCUCAGGGCCGGAGCGAAUCCAACAGCUGCGACAACAGAGUCCCACAUGACGCCUGCUCACUUUGCUGCAUUGAGCGGCAAAGAGGAAAUUCUUCGAUUGCUUAACAAACACACAGAAAGACUAGACAUCUUCUCAGAGUCCGCAAGACUGUCCCCUCUUCAUAUUGCAACUUCGAAUGGAUUUUUGGGCUGUGUCAGGUUUCUUUGUGAAACCGGAGCACAGUUGGACGUAAUGGCCGGUCAUCGUUUGAUUGUGAGAAGCCAUCCCAAUAUUGGCUUUUUGGACGUCAGUCUGGCCAAGAAACAUGGCUACUGGAGUCUGCACGAGCUGGCUCAACAUGGAAACCACACACAGGUCCAGCGGUAUCUGGAAAUGAUUGCCCCUGGUCAGGCAGGCGUGAAGACAGGGUCCAGCACGGGACUGUUCGACGUCGAAUUGGGAAGCAGUUUGUGGCCUUCAUUUCAUUACGAGAAAUUACUGACUCGUAACCUAUGA